GCGCUUCGUCCUUCACCUUCCGCUUCCUGUACGUCAUCCAAACCCUUCCUCUGGAACAAGGCGUCCUUCCGGGAGGAGGACGCCUAGCGGGAGCGCGUCACUCUUGUCUUCCGCCCCUGUUGCUCGGGGCCUGAUGUUUAUAAACAUUUGUGUGAAGCAAGAAGAGGCAAGAUGACAUCUACAAAACUAAAGAUGAGUAAGAACAAGGACGACGCUCCCCAUGAGCUGGAAAGCCAGUUUAUUCUGCGGCUGCCUCCGGAAUAUGCCUCCACUGUGCGGAGGGCAGUACAAUCUGGAAGCGUCAACCUGAAGGAUAGACUUACUAUCGAAUUACACCCGGAUGGGCGUCAUGGGAUUGUCCGUGUAGAUCGCGUCCCCUUAGCUGCCAAGCUGGUGGACCUGCCCUGCAUCACUGAGAGCUUAAAAACCAUAGAUAAGAAAACGUUCUAUAAGACAGCGGAUAUUUGUCAGAUGCUCGUGUGUACUGUGGACGGUGAUCUCUACCCCCCUCUGGAAGAGCCAACUGUGAGUACUGACCCAAAGGCAAACAAGAAAAAGGAUAAGGACAGAGAGAAGAAAUUCAUCUGGAACCAUGGCAUUACUCUGCCACUGAAGAAUGUAAGGAAGAGGCGGUUCAGGAAAACAGCUAAGAAGAAGGCCCAGUACAUUGAGUCUCCAGACGUGGAAAAGGAGGUGAAGCGUCUGCUGAGUACAGAUGCUGAAGCUGUCAGUGUCCGCUGGGAGGUCAUUGCUGAAGAUGAAACAAAGGAAGCAGACAACCAUGGUUCACUCACCGGCUUGGACAUCUCCUCUCCUGGGAUGUCUGGACACAAGCAGGGCCAUGGCUCUUCGGAACAUGAUGAACUACGGGAGAUAUUUAAUGACAUCAGCAGCAGCAGCGAAGACGAAGAUGAGAGAGAUCAUCAUGACGAUGAAGAUUUGAACAUCAUGGACACAGAAGAAGACUUGGAGAGGCAACUGCAGGACAAACUGAAUGAAUCUGAUGGGCAGCAGCAGGAGAACGAGGGAACAAACCAGAUAGCCAUGGGGAUCCAAAAGCAGAUUGACAACCUGCAGGGUAAACUCCAGGAGACCCAGGAACGGAGAAAGCGCCAGGAAGAUCUCAUUAUGAAAGUGGAGAAUCUAGCCCUCAAGACCCGUCUCCAGGCUGUUCUGGAUGAAUUCAAACAGCAGGAGGACAGAGAGAAGCAGCAGCUCACCUCUCUGCAAGAACAACUGGAAUCCCUUAUGGAGAAGUGAGGAGGGCUUUUGAUCAGGGUGGGAGCUGUAUCCUCCAAGCAGGCAUAGUGCUGAGAUGGACGCUUCACCCAUGGGUUCUGGAGCCAUCCUCUGUGCUGAAGACCUGAUGUUACUGGCAUGACCCCACUGCCGAUAAGCCUACUCCUGUUAAUGUUGGCACUCGGUAUUCUCCUGGACACUGUUUCUAGAGCUGCUGGCUGAUGUUCCUUGUGCUGGACAGUGCAGCCCAAACCAUUAACCUUUGAAGAAAGAAAGGCAGUAACCUGGAGUUGGUUCUAUGAGAGCAGCAGAAACACAUGGCUAGCUGCACCGCUGGGGGAAAUCGUUCCUUGACUAGUUUGACCCAUCUUUCUCUCAGUGGAAAUCAUUCAUACCUUGGAACACUCCUUCAAGGGCACUUUGCUUCCCGACAGGCUAAUGCACAGCACUGUCGCUCUGGGUCACCUUAGCUCAUGGUGCCAGAAAGCUGUGCUGUGCAAAGGGCAGGAAUUAACUCCCCAUGUACUGUGCAGGCCUGGAGGAGCAGAGCCAGGUCAGUGCAUCACCUGGUUGUUGCUAUCAUCUGCAAUGCAAAGCAGCAUUCCCUGAGGGGGGGGGGGAUAUGCUUCCUUAACAGACUUUCUGAUGGGUCUGCAGUGUUGGGAGUUUGUGCCCAUGCUUGGGGAACAUCUGCUUGAACAAAACUGGAAUGAAUAAAGUAUGUGUGUUUCCAGCA